UUUUGAGCUACGUGAACUCGCUGCAGCUCCCUCGUGUGGGUCUCCGCUGCUGCGCAGUGCGCAUGCGCGGUCCCGCAGCAUCAGUUCCCCAGCGGUCGCCAGAGCGAGAGGAGGUAGUGUCUGACUCUGAACCUGCAGCAGCCCCAAGUGUUCCCCUGCUCCUGGUGCACGCGCGGGGCUAGUGACUUCAACUGAAACCGCAAGCCAUGAAUUACCAACGCGAUCUAUUAGAGUCGAGUCCGAUUUGUCCGUGAAGUCAACAGGCGGUGAUCGUAAUGUACUAUUUACGGAGGAAAGCUGUAUUCUCCAGGUUCAGGUUAAGGCCUACUUGUUAGAUCCCCAUCCUCGUCUCAACAGAGUUGCAUCGCGAUGGCUGAUGACCAGCAGCAGUCUGGAGCUGGAGCAGGAGCUUUACCUUCCGCGGUUCAAGGACUGCAGGGAGCUGAAGCCAAUGCGUUGCAGCUAAAAAUAAAGAGCUCGAUCUGCAAAACCGUACAAUCAAAGGUGGAUUGCAUUUUGCAAGAUGUGGAGAAUCUUACAGACAUUGAAAAACUCUACCUCUAUCUGAAGUUGCCUUCUGGACCCAGCAGUGGCAAUGAGAAAAAUGAGCAGAGCUCCAUGUCAUCAAGUCGUACCCAGCAGUUGCAUGCAUUUAGCUGGAUUCGCAGCCACCUUGAGGAACAUCCUGAAACAUCGCUGCCUAAACAAGAAGUCUACGACGAGUACAAGAGUUACUGUGAUAGCCUGGGGUAUCACGCUCUCAGUGCUGCAGACUUUGGAAAGAUCAUGAAGAACGUCUUUCCCAACAUGAAGGCACGUCGACUUGGCAUGCGAGGCAAAUCCAAGUAUUGCUAUAGUGGGCUUAGAAAGAAGGCUUUUGUUCACAUGCCAUCUCUUCCCAACCUAGAUCUUCACAAAUCAGGUGAUGGGUGUGAAGUGUUUGAACCUACUGGUCAACUGUCCAGUGCAGAAGAUGAGGUGCGCGUGGCCGCAUGUGGGUUGGUGUGCGAGUGGGCACAGAAAGUGCUGAGUCGGCAGUUUGACAGCGUUGAGGAUCUGGCUCGAUUUCUUUUGAACAGCCACUAUAUUGGAACUAAGUCUGUGGCUGCUCUUACUGUGAUGACCGGUUCCCCAUCAGGAGCAAAAUUGUCCAUUCAAUCAUCUGCAUUUGCUCCCACAACCGAUGCAAACUCAUUCCAACAACAGGUUAAAACCCUGGUCUCACCCUCAGUAGAUGCCAAACAGCAACUACAAAGGAAGAUCCAGAAGAAGCAGCAAGAACAGAAACUGCAUUCUCCACUCCCUGGUGAAGCUCAGGCCAGGAGGGCAGAUGGGGGCAUAACUCCUGGUGCAAGAACAGGCAUACCCUGUGGAAGUCCUGCUCUGCUCUCGCCUCAACCUAUUGGGAUUGUGGUUGCGGCUGUUUCCAGCCCUAUCACGGUUCAGAGGAGCAGGCAGGUGUUGUCUCCUAGCCCUGUUCCCAUUGGAGCUGCAGACAGCAAAGUUCUUCCUGUAAACUUUCAAGUGGUUACCCAGUCAGUGCACCCUGUGAAGCAGUGCCCCAAGACACCUCAUAAUAUCUCGGCUAGUCCGAUAAGCGACCGGUCAGCCCGUCAUCGUUAUGCCCAAAUCCUGCCCAAGCCAUCUGCCUCAAGUGGCAUAACCCUGCGCUCACCAACAUUGCUUAUCACCAACAGCCCCAUCAAGACGGUAAUGUCAACUCCGCACGUCAGUUCGGUCAAUGUAGUCAAGAUGACAACUAUAUCUCUGGGCUCUAAUGGCAGUGGGACCAGCACACUAUCCGAUACCCCUGCUAGCAACAAAGUCAGACCUGCAUCUGCUGGAGUUGCCAGCAUCAGUGAUGAUCCACAGCCAGUUACGCGUGUUCGCAGUGGGUCUAUAGCUGUAAUGCCAUCUGUUUUGGCAAGGUUAGGCCGCUCAACAUCCACGACCCCUGUCAUCGACACUAAAACAAAUACUGAAGCCAUAAUUGGAAGUGGUCAAGAGCACGGUGGUACACGUAGACUGGCAACCACUCUGGACACCGUUGGUAGUGUACAGCGGUCAGGGAUAUUCAAACCCAGAGCGGCUAGCGUACCCACUCCUCUUGACAAGGACUCUCUGGGAUUGGACACUCUAACAGGGACCAAAUGCAGUGAGAGGACACUCCUUAGUGUCAAAACUCUGGCUGCUGGCAGCAAUAAUUCGUCCAACACUAAUGAAAGCACUUUGUACCAGAACACAAGUAGCACUCAGUCAUACAGUGGUAAUGGGGUUGUGACAUCACCCAAAGAUGCAGUGUUGGCAACCAGGAGCCCUCACAAAAGACCUGGCUUAUGCACUGAUUUGAGCCCAACACCUGUUAAAAAAGCCCAUAUUUCUGUUCUACCAGCAGGUGGAUCCGAUGGACUGAAGUCGAACAUAAUGGCAAAGCAAAUUCCAAGAUCAAGCACUCCUAUAAGGACAGAAAGUGCACCUCUCAACGCGACAGGCAAAGCUACUGCAUGUCCGGUCAGGAAUACUGGCUUCCAGAUCGUUCACAGGCCUCAAAGCAUCUCCCAGGGAAGAUGGGAAGGAGCUUCAUCAGUAAUGGAUUACAGAGUUUCUGUCACCUCUACAGCAGGUCAGGAUACUUCAGUGGGGAAUACCAUGUUUCAGACUGUUUGCAGACCUCGAAGCAUCUCCCAAGGGAGAUGGGAAGGAUCUUCAACAGGUGUCGAAGGUAGAGCUGUGGUCACCCGAACUGUUAGUGCUCCAGGACAGGCUUUGCUACAACAAGUCACCAAAAACUCACAGGAUUUGCUUAUAGACCAGUCUGACUCUUCUGCAGCAUAUGAACUGAAGAGUGUAUUUUGGGAUAGUGAGCUGCAAGAUGCUACUCAACAACAUCAGGAAGUUUAUGGCCCACAAAUGGUGUCUGAGUCAAAGCAAAUGUCCACCCCAUUGAUGGAGCCCCUUCCUGCAAUUGCUCAAGCCUCUUCCAACCAGCAGGCUCAGAUGAGUGACUAUAGAACCCAGGCCAACCUUAGCUACUUUCCGUUUGAUGAUGACAUGACCCAGGAUAGCAUUGUUGAGGAACUUGUACAAAUGGAAGAGCAGAUGAAAAUUAACAGUAGCAUACAAAGUUUCAGCAACUGUGUGGAUAAUUCACUGCAAGGCCAGCAACAAACCAUGCAGACUACCAUGAUGUCCACCCUCCAGACCAACACCCUGUAUUACAGCUCUGCUCAUAGCAGCAGCACCCCAAUCCAAACACCCACUCCUACACCUACUCCCACUUCUGAGAUGAUCGGAAGUGGUCAGGGUAUGAUGCAUGAAAGCCCCUGUUCACGCUUAGCCCCAACCACUCCGGUCGACAGCGCUCUUGGAAGUAGUCGGCAAACACCUAUUGGCACUCCCCACUCCAACUGCAGCAGUAGUAUCCCACCAAGCCCUGUGGAAUGCAGGAACCCUUUUGCCUUUACUCCUAUUAACUCCAGCAUCACUGGAUACCACGAUGGAAGUACCGUCUCCUCAAGCCCUGUCAAGCCCAUGCAAAGACCAAUGGCCACACAUCCAGAUAAGACUAAACUGGAAUGGAUGAACAGUGGGUACAGUAACAGUGGUGGGAACACCAACAAUGGCAUUAGCAUUCUGCCCAGCUACCAAGACCUAGUAGAUGACCAUUUUCGAAAGCCUCAUGCCUUCGCCAUCCCAGGCCAGACCUGUCAGUCGCAAAACAGAUAUAAUGACACUCAUAUCAGCCGCUUGACACCCAUUUCGCCUGUCCAACAACAAGUGGCAAGCAUGGCUAGCCUCAACAGGAAAGAGGGUUUUGCUGUUCCAGCACCCCUUGACAACAAGGCCAGCUCAGGGUCUGGAACAUUUCGAUGCCGCAGCGUUAGCCCAGCAGUCAGACAGCGCAACUUGAGCGGGACCCAAAAUCCCAGUGUUCCCCACUCUGUGGUCUCACCUUUCAACUCACCUGUAACACCUGAAGUGCUAAACAUCUUUUCUAACAGUGACCCUGAUGCAAGCAUCAGCAGCAUGGCACAGAGGAGUCAGUCUGUUCCAGUCACAGUGAUGAUGCAGUCUGAGGUUCUACCCAUGCAAGCAGGCCAGCAGAUGAAUACCAAAAACAUCACCAAUGUCCUCAUCAACAAAAUGGAUGGCGAUGGAGAUGACUCUGUACGUGGCCUCGGAAUCAACAAUAUGCCAUCCAACUACACUGCCCGCAUGAAUCUCACCCAGAUUCUGGAGACCACCACAGUGCCCAGCUUUCCUGGUAGUGCCAGCCGCCAAGCUCUGAUCUCGCCUUGUUCAUCAGCCUUUGAGUCCCAGAAGUCUGGUUACCUCAUGAAAAAUGCCAGAGAGGAGCCAAUGAGCUUCUCUGUAGAUGAAAGCCAAGCACAAUCAGCCUCAGGGGAGCACCAGUCGCGACAACAGCAGCAGCAGCAGCACUUAGGCAGACGGCAGCUCCUUGGAAAGAAACAACAGAGUCAGGCCAUGCUUUUGCCUCUACAGCAAAGCCUCCAGCAGCAUCAGCACCAGCAACCCUUGGAUUUAGACAGAACUGUUAAAGAUCUUUUACAUGAGGAAAGCUUGAAUGCUGGCUGUGUGGGGCAAGGAUCAGAGCUCCGUGCUGGGAGUUCAGUGUUUCCCAGCGAUAUGCGAUUAACCUCUGAGCUUACCGGUAGCAUAAGUGACUUAAAUACAUUGGACACCAACCUUCUUUUUGACCCCAGUCAACAGCAAGGACAAUAUGAAGACUCCACACUGGAAGAACUGAAGAACGACCCACUUUUUCAACAGAUAUGCAGCGAGACUGUGAAUUCUGCGGGCUUUGACUGGUUGGAGAACAAAGACCAGGCAACAGUGGAAAUGUUGGGUUAAUUUGUGCUUUUGUGUUGUUUUGCUAUUUGGAUAGGUUUCCAUGUAUGUAUUUUCGAAAUCUCAUCAAUGUAUAUAUUCGUCUCGUCGUGCAGCACCUACUGCUAUGAGCCCCUGGACGUCACAACACAGGUCUAUAUUGAAGUGCCAGCCUUAACAGAAAUGAUUGCCCUUUCAAGAUUGCUGGUUCUUUGUCUCAGUGGUUUUUGAGAAACAGCCUAACCUAGAAAUACUGUCACACCUGCUCUUUCUCACCAGUUUUGCAAGAAAACACGUCAGAGCUUUACAUAAGAAGUCAUCGGAGACAUCUUUAUGCCUCUACACUGGUAUGUGCAUUGUGCAUCAGUUACACUAUUUUUAUAUAAUCCUUUGAACAUUUUGCAGUAAAAGGGUAUUGUAUGGAA